AUGAAGCUCAACAUAGCGUUUCCAGCCAAUGGAACACAAAAGUGUGUGGACAUAGAUGAAGAAAUCAGACUUCGACCAUUUUAUGAAAAGCGGAUGUCCCAUGAGCUGCCUAUCGAUUUUCUCGGAGAGGAGUGGAAGGGAUAUAUCGUUCGCAUAACUGGCGGAAAUGAUAAGCAAGGUUUUCCUAUGAAACAAGGUGUUUUGACAAAUGGUCGUGUAAAGUUGUUACUAAGCAAAGGAAGUUCAUGUUACCGCCCUAGACGUAAGGGCGAACGACGACGUAAAAGCGUUCGUGGUUGUAUAGUUGACAGCAAUUUAAGCGUAAUUAACCUGGUUAUUGUGCGCAAAGGAGAAAAUGACAUUCCUGGGUUAACUGAUGUUAAUGUCCCAAGACGUCUUGGUCCCAAGAGAGCUUCCAAGAUCAGAAAGUUGUUUAAUCUGUCAAGGAAAGAUAACGUCUGUCAGUUUGUAGUUCGUAAACCGGUGCCUGCUAAAGAAGGAAAGAAAGAACGUUCAAAAGCUCCGAAAAUCCAACGUUUAACGACACCAUUGAGGUUACAGCGUAAGCGUCAUCGACAUGCUGUGAGACGCCAACGAGCAGAAACCCGCAGGAAAGUUCAGGAAGAGUACGCAAAAUUACUUGCUCAGCGUAGAAAGCAGGCUCGCGAUGAACGUGCCGAGCGCAAGCGUUCACGAAGCCAUUCCCUCCGUGAAUCUAAAGGAUCUGUGAAUAAGAAAGCAUAG